AUGCCUCAGCUUUUUGAAUCAAAUACUGACCAGGAGAAUUUAUUUACAUUUGACCAAACCCCAACUUAUCUUUUUCGACCCCAUGUCCCACGCUCAAAGGGCGAUACGAGUGUCGCGCGUGUCACGGCUCCAGCCUUCCUUGGGGGAACGGCAUAUUAUAGAGAUGGGUUGUUAUGCAGCCAAGAUAUUUUGCAGCUGCCAACCGAAAAGGUUACUUCAAGACUCAAAGACCCUACUUUGGCACUGCAACUGAUAUCGAAGCAGCUCGUUGAUGGGGGCCUUUUUACGGUGAUAUGUCCUGCAUUGAACAAACCCAAUAAUUGGGCAGACUGGGCAAUAUCAGUCUGCGAACUUCGAGUCGGUAUCAGGGAAAGCCAUAUCGUGGAUCAAAAGCAAAUUCGAUCUGCAAUCUUCGUGGCUAAGGAUUGUGUCGGGGAUCGAUUUCUUGUACCCUUUGCACUGAUGUUACUGGGAGUGCGAAGCCGACAGUCCGACAAUUCGGCGAUUGCGAACGUCUUCCAGUCCCUCUUCACUGAUGAGGAGCUCAAUUUUCGAGGCGUGAAGUAUGAUCAGUAUUCUGGAAGGAUGGAAGAACUCAGAAGAUUCCGAGAAUUGAUGGAAGCCGUUGAAAAACAAAAUGAUGAAAACCCCCUGGCCGAGACGACAAGGUUGAUGGAAGGACUAGGACUGUCAACCAACGGAUUACCCAUUAAGAAAAGUAUCUAUGUUGGUCCAUUUAGCGACGAGUAA